AGCCAACCAAAAAGAGACUCCUGGGCGUGGCCUUCCUCCACUUCCCAGGGAAAGUUUACAUUCAUUGUUUUUUUAAAAAUAAGGCAGCGGCAGAUGAGCUGGAGCCGGGCUUGAGCUGGUGCAAGUUACCUCCCUAAUGCAGCACACCUGAGGAAACGUCUUUCCCCUGGCAUGGGCUAUGUCAGAUUUUGUAGAGCAUGCCCCCUGUGAGAACUUUGAGGCCAAUGUGUUUGCCAGGAGCCGAUGCCAGAAUUGUUUCCGGGCAGUUGGUGCUCACCACCAGCCCAGCAACCAGAGUUACUGCCGCCUUGCCUGCGAUCGGCUCAGAGCUGUCUCCUCUGAGCAAAUCCCAGCGAGGGCGACACAAUGGAGAGAAAGCGGCGCUGACAGCCAGGCUGCUAGGAACCUUCCCCCUCGCUGCUCCCAUGCUGAGAAGGUGCCAGAGGAACAUGCUGUGGAGGCCCCACAUGGUGAUGCCACCAGUGGGCCAGACCCAGGUGGACUUUGGGACCCCCUGUGCAUCUUAGCUCCCCAGUGUGAGCUGUAUGUGUGUGCGGGCUUCAAGGACAGGACUGAGGACUGGCAGGAGAGCUUGGCAUACACCCAGCUCAGCAGCCGAGCCCAGGACGAGCAUGAAGACACCAGCACCCGUACUGAUAUCAGCACCGAUACCAGCACCGGUACCGGAACCAGCGCCACGCUCUCAGGGGACUGGGAAAUGACCAGGCUGCUGGACAGCAUUUUGGGAUCGGACAAACAAGACACAAUGAACUACACGGGCCAGAGGAAAGAGGUGCAGAUUGGAGCCCUGCAGUCAGACAGACCCAGGUGGGGUCAGACCAUAUCCUGGGGGAGAACAGAGUCCCAGAGCUUCAUGAAAGAAAUCUCCCCUCAGAAAGCAGAAUCCAGUCCUGUGAGCCAGAGCACUGGGGAUGGCUGGGCAAAGCGUCAGACGGAGAGCAGUUAUUUCUCUCUGGAACGCCGGAAAUCUGACCCCACCUGGGUCUCCUCCCCUCCACGAGCCAGCUCCAGCACCUUGCCCACACGCAGUGACCCAGUAAGGACUGGCAGGCAUCUCACUUCCUCCAUCAGCUCACUGGACUCUGACUUACCUGGGUGCACGAGGGGCGGCGGCGAGGGGCGACAUGCCCUGGUGCGGCAGGAAUACACGGUGUUGGCUGAUCUGCCCAAGCCCAAGCGGAUCAGUCACAGGGAGGCAUUUGAACAGGAACGCAGCAGCUCCCGCACUCGGAGCCCGGGCCGGGCAGAGGUGGAGCGGAUCUUUGGAUACGAGCGUAGGAUGUCCGAGACGCUGGAGGCGUUCCAGGCCCUGGAGGACGGCCUCCUGGACCGGCUGGAUGGCAAGACCCCACUGCUGGCCAAAGAAGGGCGGUUAGGCAGGAGGCAGUCCAGCCCCACUCUGUACAGAGAGGGGAACAAGAGGCUCCCACAGCAGCUGGAACAGCCAGGCAGACGUGGAGGACAGGCCCUGCACUCAGUGAGCCCGGCUCGGCGAUCAGAAAGAGACUGGAGGAGCCAAGUGGACUCUAUGUGCCACAUGAGUACAGACAAGUGCAUGGACAGAGAAGGGGUUUCUCCUCAGCCCUUGAAUCCUGGAAAACACACAGACAGUAACUGGAAAAGCCAGAGGGAUUCCCUGCACCCCACAAACCCCGGGAAGAGCUCAGAUAACAGUUGGACUAGCCGAGGGGUGCACCUGCGCUCCUUGAGUCCUGGGAAGCACUUAGAGAGCAACUGGAAGAGCCCAAAGGAGACCCACCCUGUGAGUCCAGUGACGAGCACUGAGAGAAAGUGGAAGGGUGCAAAAGAACCCCUGCACCCUAUGAGUGCUGGAAAACGCAUGAGUGCACGACAGAGCCUAGAGGAGAAACCCCACCUUGUGAGUCCGGGGAAAUGCACAGAGCGAGAUCAGAAGAGCCAGGGCAAAUCACUGCGCCCCGUGAGUCCACCCAGGAAACUGGAGAGCGACUGGAGGAGCCAGGCAGAGACCCUGCGCUCCAGGAGUCCAACCAGGAGGCCAGAGAGGGACUGGAGGGGCCACGCAGAGACCCUGAGCUCCAGGAGUCCAACCAGGAGGCCAGAGAGGGACUGGAGGGGCCACGCAGAGACCCUGAGCUCCAGGAGUCCAACCAGGCAACCGGAGAGGGACUGGAGGAGCCAUGCAGAAACCCUGCGCUCCAGGAGUCCAACCGGGAGGCCAGAGAGGGACUGGAGGAGCCAGGUAGAGACCCUGCGCUCCAGGAGCCCAGCCGGGCAGCUGAAGAGGGACUGGAGGAGCCAGGAAGAGGCUCUGUGCUCCAGGAGUCAAACUCAAAGAUCAGAAGACAACUGGAAAACCCAAGAGAAGUGCUUGUGCCACAUGAAUCCAAUGCAACAGCUGGAAAGGGACUGGAGAAGCCAAGGAGAAUGUCUGUACUCAGUGAGCUCAGGGCACCAACCAGAGACCAAAAGCCCGGUGAGUCCAAGUCAAUGGUUAGAGAGUGACAUGAAGAGCCAUGAGCAGUCCCUAGACCUAAGCUCAGAGAAGCAAUUGGAGAAUGACAGGGGCAAAGAGGAGACCCUCUUACAUCAAUCCCAGCUAGAUCGAGGCACAACCCGACCCCUCAACAGUGCCAGCUCCAUGGGAAGCCAAGAUCUUUAUUUGAACACUAACGGGCAACGCCACAAGGUACACCAGAAACUGGGGAAGAAGUGGGGGGAGGGGGAGAGAGCGCAUGGUGUAUGUGCAUGUGCAUGAGGGAACCUCUCAGAAGCUCCCAGAGUGAGUAGUAUGACAAGGAAUUGGCUGGGCCAUUCUCUGUGACAAAGGCUGCUGGCUUCUCACACAGAUGCUGUCUCAGCAUGCAGCACCUCUCUCUCUGACACUGUGUCUGAGCUAGUCUCUGCCCGAAAGGCAGCUGUGAGGUACUGAAUUGCUGGUUUUUGUGAGAGGUGGGUAAAUGCAUCUGCAAUUGCACCUCCCCUCUCCCAAUACAUUUUCCAUGCUCGUUAGCACAUUAUACACACUAAUUAAU